AUGGCAGCUAACGUACUGGAAGAAGACUCAAUGGAGCAGGACAUAGAGAGCCCUGUCACUAUUCAUCAGCCAAAGUUGCCCAAACAAGCUAGAGAGGAUCUGCCAAAAAAUAUAAACAAAGAAUGUGCCAAGAGAAAAAUCCAGAGGUAUGUUAGGAAAGAUGGGAAAUGCAACGUCCACCACGGGAAUGUCAGAGAGACUUACCGUUACUUGACCGACAUCUUCACUACCUUAGUCGAUCUCAAGUGGAGAUUCAACCUGUUGAUUUUUGUCAUGGUUUACACUGUGACCUGGCUCUUCUUUGGAAUGAUCUGGUGGCUAAUUGCCUACUUGCGAGGAGAUAUGGAUCAUAUAGGGGACAGCACGUGGACCCCAUGCGUCAGCAACCUCAAUGGGUUUGUCUCAGCCUUUUUAUUCUCAAUCGAGACAGAAACCACCAUUGGGUAUGGUUACCGGGUCAUCACGGACAAGUGUCCCGAGGGAAUUAUUCUGCUUUUAGUGCAGUCUGUUUUAGGUUCUAUCGUCAACGCUUUCAUGGUUGGCUGCAUGUUUGUGAAAAUAUCCCAACCUAAGAAGAGGGCAGAAACCUUGGUUUUUUCUACAAACGCAGUUAUUUCCAUGCGGGAUGGAAAGCUCUGUCUAAUGUUCCGAGUAGGAGACCUUAGGAAUUCACACAUUGUAGAGGCAUCAAUACGAGCCAAGUUGAUCAAAUCCAAACAGACAAAGGAGGGGGAAUUUAUACCACUCAACCAGACAGAUAUCAACGUAGGUUAUUACACAGGGGAUGAUCGUCUCUUUUUGGUUUCACCACUGAUCAUCAGCCAUGAAAUUAACCAGCAGAGUCCUUUCUGGGAGAUUUCCAAAGCCCAGUUGCCCAAAGAGGAGCUAGAAAUUGUUGUAAUCCUAGAAGGAAUGGUGGAGGCAACAGGAAUGACCUGCCAAGCUCGAAGUUCAUACAUUACAAGUGAGAUCCUUUGGGGUUACCGUUUCACCCCUGUCCUGACUCUGGAGGAUGGAUUUUAUGAAGUUGACUACAAUAGUUUUCAUGAAACAUAUGAGACCAACACACCAGUUUACAGUGCCAAAGAGCUGGCAGAGAUGGCCAGCCGAGCAGAACUGCCUCUGACAUGGUCUGUUUCCAGCAAGCUGGACCAGCAUGCUGAGCUGGAAACCGAAGAAGAAGAAAAGAAUCAAGAAGACCAAAACGAAAGAAACGGUGAUGUGGCCAACUUGGAGAAUGAGUCCAAAGUGUAG